AUGGCUGAGAGUGUGUUCUUGUUAGUUCAUCAUCGGGGAAAGAUCGAUGAAAACACAAGUGAGGGUGUAAGGUUCAGUAGCAAGAAACAGAUUGGAGUGUUCAUAAAUCCAUCAACGAGUUUAGAUGAUUUACGAAAUAGCAUACUACAAAAGUUAGGUAAGUGCGGUAAGAAGCUUGUGAAGCAAAUGUUCUUCAGGAUCCCUAUCUCACUCAGGCAAGGUUAUGUGAAGUUUGGAAAAUAUGAGAUGCUAGGCGAUGACGACAUUCGCGUUAUAUUUCACAGUCAAUCAAGAUUUUCAGAUUUGGGAGCUAUGGAGUUGUUCGCGAAAAUGGCUGAUGUGGAGGGUAGCUCCGGUGGAUCUGCUCCAAAUCCGCCCACAGUCGGGGUAGAUGGUGCUUCAAGUGCCAUUCCUAUUCGUCACGACGUCACCGCCCACGUUUCAUCUCCGUCAUUUGCAGCCGAUCUGGCAGUUCAUGCCGAAGAUGGGGAUUGCUUGGGUGAUGUACGAACCUUCGGGGAGCUUGCAGCGGAAAUCAGAGAGGGACCGGUAUUGGAUGGUGCAACUACGUUCAUGGAGGUCAGAGAUAGGGAUCCAGUUACUGAGGCCAUUGGUGAUGAUGAUUCAGAUUCGGAACCACCCGUUAGCGGUGAUGAAUCUGACGAUGAGGAUGACACAAGACCAGUUGCGAGAUCGCAAGGCCAAACAAGUUCUCAGACACAACAGUACCAUCCACACUUCUCUACAUUGGAUCUUGAGGCAAUGAAUCAACCAGCAUUUCCAGGUCAACAAAUGUCAAGUAUUCACAGAGACGAGCACGGUAUGCAUGCGGCAGAGGAGUUUGAGGUCGGGCAGCGGUUCCAGAGCAAGGAGGAGGCAGUGUUGAUGGUGAAGAAUUAUAAUAUCCGCCGUGGUGUUCAGUAUAAGGUGUUUAAGUCGGACCAGUUGAAGUAUCACGGGAAGUGCGUCCAGUUUGGGAAUGGGUGUAAUUGGCUGAUACGCGUGACUAUGCGGCAGCGGAAAGGAUACUGGGAAGUCCGGAAGUACAAUGGGCCUCACACAUGUCUUGCAACCGAGCUGUCCACCAACCACAGGCAGCUUGAUUAUCAUGUGAUCUGUGCAUCAAUUCUAUCGCUGGUUAGGGCGGAUGCGGCAAUCUCGGUGAAAGUACUGCAGAAUGUGGUGUCAACGACAUAUGGAUUCAAGCCCAGCUACCAGAAGGUGUGGAUGGCUAAGCAGAAGGCGAUUGCACAGAUUUAUGGUGAUUGGGAGGAAUCUUACAACAUAAUUCCGAGGUGGAUAAUCGGGGUUCAGAUGUACAUGCUGGGCAGUAUUGCAGUAUUGCGCACUUCACCUGUAAGGUCUGGUAAUACGGUUGAUGAGUCGAGGGUGUUUUUUCAUCGAUUGUUUUGGACGUUUUCGCCAUACAUUGAGGCAUUCAAGUAUUGUAAGCCACUGAUAUCCAUUGACGGUACCCAUCUGUAUGGCAAGUACGGCGAAACGUUACUCAUGGCGAUUGCACAAGAUGGAAACUCGAACAUACUCCCAGUGGCAUUUGGACUUGUCGAAGGUGAGAACACUGAGUCAUGGAAGUUCUUCCUUACUCACCUUCGCCAACAUGUGACCCCGCAACCCGGCAUUCUAGUUAUAUCUGACCGCCACAAUGCAAUCAAGGCCACGUUAGUUGCAGAAGACGGUGGGUGGCUCCCACCGGCAGCCUAUCGUGCAUAUUGUGCUAGGCACAUAGCUGCUAAUUUUGCGCUUAACUUUAAAUCCAAGGAUGCACGGAAGAUUCUGGUGAACGCAGCCUACGCAAAGUCUGAAUAG